UGCUGACACAAGUUAUAUUAGAACACAGAACUUCUAUUAGAACACAGAGGGUUCUAUGAUCUCACAGUGUAUUAACUCCAUACUACACACAACAGUUCAGUUUAGCAUUCUUCUUCACAGUGAACACAACAUUUUAGCACAGAUUUUCUGUACUUAAGAAGAGAAAACCUGAAGAGAGAAAGCUCAGAGAAAAGAAAGAAAAACAAGUCAAUCCAGUUCAUCUGAAGAAUUCUGUUUCAAGUGACAUGGACAAAGAAGCAGAGGACAUGGACGACAUCUCCAGCACUCCUCUGUUCUCCAUGAGCUCAGCGACCACUGAGGAUCUUGCGGAUGUUGAUAAGCUGAUCCAUCGUGAUGAUGUUUCAGAGGACCAAGAGGUCACCGGGCUGAGGAACCAUUCAGUCAUCAGUGAUGAGAGCGGGUUGGCAUACCCCUCUUCUUGGUGUUCCUCCCUGGAUUCAGACAUCCCAGAUCUGAUCACACCUUCUGAUCAGAAUAUCGACAAGGAGAUUAAACAAGUAUGCCAAAACUUCUUUAAUCUAGAGAACUUCGAGACAGAAGCCGAUGAUUUUGGAGAAAACGAGGAUGUCUGGACCACCGAUACAGGAUCAACCUCCAGUCUUGCUAUCAGGUCAAAUGAGAGCACGGUACCUGCCUUAUGUCCCUCUUCUUCCUCCUCCAACACAGCCAUCACUAAGGCAGAUAAGAUGCUGAUGCAGUCCACUGAGGCUGUCAAGAUUCAGACAGACAAUUAUUUAGAACAUGACAGUAAAGAGGUGAUGAUGGAAGGAGGAUGUAAAGGCAAGUUGAAGAGGUUUUUCAGUGGAAGGCGGAAAAAUAGGGUUCAGACAGCUCCAUUAGAACAUUUGAAUGACCUGUCAUCUGGGAGCCAACAGGGCUCUCUUUGUUCUGAAGAGAUGCCCCCCACCUCCUGCAGUGCUGCUCUGGGAGCAGAUGUUAGGUCCGCUCAGCUACAGAGAGUGGACUACACGGAUCAGACACCAGAAGACACCAGAAAUGUUCUCUCAUCUCUGUCCUCUGCCACCUCGAGUCCACCUGAUUAUCGGGUUGUUGAGAUCAUUUGGGCCAAAUGCCCAGAGGACCCACCUCUGACUGAAUCUACGACUGAUGAGUUCCAAGAAGAGGUGAGCUCUUCUUUGAGUCAACAGUCCACUGACUUUAGUGAGGAGGACGAAGAACCCUUCAGCCAGAGCUCUGUGGAGCAGUCUCAGUCUGACUCUGAGUGUCUCAGCAAUAACCAAAGUGAUGCUGAGGAGACCAAGGCAAAGAGGAGCAACAACUUCUCACGCUUCAUCUGUAAAAUCUUGUCAAAGAAUUCUGUUUCAAGUGACUUGGACAAAGAAGCAGAGGACAUGGACGACAUCUCCAGCACUCCUCUGUUCUCCAUGAGCUCAGCGACCACUGAGGAUCUUGCAGAUGUUGAUGAGCUGAUCCAUCGUGAUGAUGUUUCAGAGGACCAAGAGGUCACCGGGCUGAGGAACCAUUCAGUCAUCAGUGAUGAGAGCGGGUUGGCAUACCCCUCUUCUUGGUGUUCCUCCCUGGAUUCAGACAUCUCAGAUAUGAUCACACCUUCUGAUCAGAAUAUCGACAAGGAGAUUAAACAAGUAUGCCAAAACUUCUUUAAUCUAGAGAACUUCGAGACAGAAGCCGAUGAUUUUGGAGAAAACAAGGAUGUCCGGACAACCGAUACAGGAUCAACCUCCAGUCUUGCUAUCAGGUCAAAUGAGUGCACGGUACCUGCCUUAUGUCCCUCUUCUUCCUCCUCCAACACAGCCAUCACUAAGGCAGAUAAGAUGCUGAUGCAGUCCACUGAGGCUGUUAAGAUUCAGACAGACAAUUAUUUAGAACAUGACAGUAAAGAGGUGAUGAUGGAAGGAGGAUGUAAAGGCAAGUUGAAGAGGUUUUUCAGUGGAAGGCGGAAAAAUAGGGUUCAGCCAGCUCCAUUAGAACAUUUGAAUGACCUGUCAUCUGGGAGCCAACAGGGCUCUCUUUGUUCUGAAGAAAUGCCCCCCACCUCCUGCAGUGCUGCUCUGGGAGCAGAUGUUAGGUCCGCUCAGCUACAGAGAGUGGACUACACGGAGGACGAGGAUCAGACACCAGAAGACACCAGAAAUGUUCUCUCAUCUCUGUCCUCUGCCACCUCGAUUCCACCUGAUUAUCGGGUUGUUGAGAUCAUUUCGGCCAAACGCCCAGAGGACCCACCUCUGACUGAAUCUACGACUGAUGAGUUCCAAGAAGAGGUGAGCUCUUCUUUGAGUCAACAGUCCACUGACUUUAGUGAGGAGGACGAAGAACCCUUCAGCCAGAGCUCUGUGGAGCAGUCUCAGUCUGACUCUGAGUGUCUCAGCAAUAACCAAAGUGAUGCUGAGGAGACCAAGGCAAAGAGGAGCAACAACUUCUCACGCUUCAUCUGUAAAAUCUUGUCAAAGAAUUCUGUUUCAAGUGACUUGGACAAAGAAGCAGAGGACAUGGACGACAUCUCCAGCACUCCUCUGUUCUCCAUGAGCUCAGCGACCACUGAGGAUCUUGCAGAUGUUGAUGAGCUGAUGCAUCGUGAUGAUGUUUCAGAGGACCAAGAGGUCACCGGGCUGAGGAACCAUUCAGUCAUCAGUGAUGAGAGCGGGUUGGCAUACCCCUCUUCUUGGUGUUCCUCCCUGGAUUCAGACAUCUCAGAUAUGAUCACACCUUUUGAUCAGAAUAUCGACAAGGAGAUUAAACAAGUAUGCCAAAACUUCUUUAAUCUAGAGAACUUCGAGACAAAAGCCGAUGAUUUUGGAGAAAACGAGGAUGUCCGGACAACCGAUACAGGAACAACCUCCAGUCUUGCUAUCAGGUCAAAUGAGAGCACGGUACCUGCCUUAUGUCCCUCUUCUUCCUCCUCCAACACAGCCAUCACUAAGGCAGACAAGAUGCUAAUCUCCCAGGUGAUUGAUGAGACUGUAAAGACACCGCAGUCCACUGAGACUGUAAAGACGCCGCAGUCCACUGAGACUGUAAAGACGCCGCAGUCCACUGAGACUGUAAAGACACCGCAGUCCACUGAGGCCGUAAAGACGCCGCAGUGCACUGAGGCCGUAAAGACGCCGCAGUCCACUGAGGCCGUAAAGAAGCCGCAGUCAACUGAGGCCGUAAAGACGCCGCAGUCAACUGAGGCCGUAAAGACGCCGCAGUCAACUGAGCCGUAAAGACG